AUGGACAUCAAAGCGGAGAGUGAACCUUUCCUGGAGAGCGCUGUACUCUUGGAAAGCUCGCGCGCAGGGCUGGAGACCAGGCGUCAAAGAUUGCCAUAUGGGCAGGCCAUCACCAUUGGGAACGUCGUUUUGUUCUGUUCAUCAUUCGCGCUUUACUGGUUAUCCCGCCAGAGACAACGGCAAGGACCCUUUCAGACCGACAUCCGAGAUGCGUGGCCGGCCGUUCAGUACGAAGACCGUACAUUCACUGGAGCUUUGAAGCACGAUGCAGAAAGCAAAGAGCUGUACCGCGAGCAUGAUGCUGAGCGAGAGUACUUUGGACCACCGUCAAUCCUGAUCGAGGAUGCUUGGGAUCGACUUCUUCAUGACGAGUUUGUGCCGAUGACAGCAGAAGAGGCUGCUCCAUUCCAGCCCGAAUUGACAGUCCUGCCAUGGGAGGGAAAGUUCUUCUUUGAGCCCGAUGUCCUCCACUUCCUCCACUGCAUCAAUGGCAUCCGCAAAGAGUUGUCGAACUACAUGUACAAUAGUUCGGCCAGUCACUUCCUACUCCUCUUCGGACCUCGCCCAUUGGGAGCAUUGCAUGGAUCGACUUCGACAAUCGAUCAUGUGUCAUGGGGACCUGACUCCGUCUCCGCUGUACUCUUGGCCCGAUUCUCCUAUCGCUUUGGGCCGUUCGGGAACCCAUGCAUGUCGUAA